AUGCCGCGGGUGUACAUCGGCCGCCUGAGCUACCAGGCCCGGGAGCGCGAUGUGGAGCGCUUCUUUAAGGGCUACGGGAAGAUUCUGGAGGUGGACCUGAAGAACGGAUAUGGGUUUGUGGAGUUUGAUGAUUUGCGAGAUGCAGAUGAUGCUGUUUAUGAAUUGAAUGGCAAAGACCUCUGUGGUGAGCGAGUAAUAGUUGAGCAUGCCCGCGGCCCACGUCGAGACGGCAGUUACGGUUCUGGACGCAGUGGAUAUGGUUAUAGAAGAAGUGGCCGAGAUAAAUAUGGCCCUCCUACUCGCACAGAAUACAGACUUAUUGUGGAAAAUUUGUCAAGUCGAUGCAGCUGGCAAGACCUAAAGGAUUAUAUGCGUCAGGCAGGAGAAGUGACAUAUGCAGAUGCUCACAAGGGACGCAAAAAUGAAGGGGUGAUUGAAUUUGUGUCUUACUCUGAUAUGAAAAGAGCUUUGGAAAAGUUAGACGGAACUGAAGUCAAUGGCAGGAAAAUCAGAUUAGUGGAAGACAAGCCUGGUUCUAGGCGGCGCCGGUCCUACUCCAGGAGCCGGAGUCACUCCAGGUCUCGCUCUCGAAGCAGACAUUCUCGUAAGAGCAGAAGCCGAAGUGGUAGCAGCAAAAGCAGUCAUUCUAAGAGUCGAUCUCGGUCUAGGUCUGGCUCCCAUUCCCGGAGCAAGAGCCGCAGCCGCAGUAAGAGCCGCAGCCGCAGCAAAAAGGAAAAAAGCCGCAGCAAGGACAAGAGCCGCAGCCGCAGCCGCAGCGCAGACAAGCGCCGCAGCAAGAGUAAAGACCAAGCGGAAGAGAAGAUUCAGAACAACGACAACACUGGGAAGUCCAAGAGCAGGAGUCCCAGUCGGCAUAAAAGCAAAAGUAAAAGCCGAAGCAGGAGCCAGGAGAGGAGAGUGGAGGAGGAGAAGCGCAGGAGCAGGAGCCAGGAGAGGAGAGCAGAGGAGGAGAAGCGCAGGAGCAGGAGCAGGAGCAAGGAGAAGAGCCGGAGUCAGGAGAAAGGCCUCCGCAGGAGCAGGAGCAAGGGAGGCAGCAGGAGCCGCAGCAGGAGUCGCAGCAAAAGCAAGGACAAGAGGAAGGGAAGGAAGAGAAGCCGGGAGGAGAGUCGCAGCCACAGCCGCAGUCGGAGCCGCAGCCGGAGCCGCAGCAAGAGCAAGAGGAGCAGAAAACAUGGCAGCAAGCGAGACAGCAAGUCAAGCAGCAGCAGCGAGAAGAAAAAGAAGGAAGAUGCCGACCACUCCCAGUCCAGAUCACGGUCCCGCUCAGUGUCAAAGGAGCGGGAACGUGCCAAGUCUGAGUCUGGCCAGAGGGAAGGUGGAGGGGAGAGCAAGGAUGCGAGCACCAAUCAGGAGCCCCGGUCCCGGUCAAGGUCCAAUUCUAAAUCCAAACCCAACCCCUCAGAAUCACGCUCCAGAUCAAAGUCCGCUUCCAAAACCCGAUCUCGGUCCAAGUCUAGAUCCAGGUCUGCAUCCAGAUCGCCUUCCCGGUCUAGAUCUAGAUCCCACUCAAGAUCCUAA